AUGCCCUAUACACCUUCUGGUUUCUUUUGCGACCGGUUAAUCCGGGAACGAGAGAGAAGAGAUGGAGAAGGAUCGUUGAGCAAACCCAUCCGCUUCGGCGGUCAGGACUACAAUGUCCUCAGACAGGAGUAUCUGCAGAAGAAAAAGCUUUUCGAGGAUGAAACCUUUCCUGCUACUGUGGAGUCUCUUGGCUACAAAGAGUUGGGCCACAAAUCCAGCAAAGUCAAGAACAUCGUCUGGAAGCGGCCCAAGGAUAUAUCAGAAAAUCCAGAGUUCAUUGUUGGAGGUGCUAGCAGGACAGAUAUCUGCCAGGGUGAUCUGGGAGACUGCUGGUUGCUUGCAGCUAUUGCGUGUCUAACUCUAAAUGAGAAGCUGCUGUAUCGUGUUAUACCUCAAGAGCAAAGUUUCUCAGAGGGCUAUGCUGGAAUUUUUCAUUUCCAAUUUUGGUGUUAUGGAGACUGGAUGGACGUUGUCGUUGAUGACCGUAUUCCCACUAUUGACAACAAGCUGGUGUUCACCAAAUCUGCUGAGAGGAAUGAAUUCUGGAGCGCUCUCUUGGAAAAAGCUUAUGCCAAGCUUCAUGGUUCUUAUGAGGCUCUUAAGGGUGGGAACACUGCUGAGGGAAUGGAAGACUUCACUGGAGGUGUUACUGAAUUUUAUGAAAUGAAGGAGGCACCCAAACAACUGUAUAAGAUCAUGCAGAAAGGUCUGGAGAGAGGCUCCCUCAUGGGCUGCUCCAUUGAUUCUCUGGUUCCAGCCCGCUUUGAAACCCGCACUACAACAGGGCUUGUGAAGGGCCAUGCCUACUCUGUGACUGCUGUGGAGGAGUGUAAACAGCAAAAGGAAUCUAAAGUACGUCUGGUUCGUAUACGUAAUCCCUGGGGUCAAAUCGAAUGGAAAGGACCAUGGAGUGAUAAUUCAAAAGAGUGGGAAACCAUACCUAAAUCAGAAAGGGAGAAACUCCAGCAACAGAAUGCAGAAGAUGGAGAAUUCUGGAUGUCAUUUGAUGAUUUUAAGAAAAAUUACACCAAGAUUGAGAUCUGCAACUUGACCCCUGAUGCUCUCGAGUUACACAAUAAGUUACACAAAUGGACAGUGUCUGUGAAUGAGGGACGCUGGCUAAAGGGCUGCUCUGCUGGAGGAUGCAGAAAUUAUCCUGAGACAUUCUGGACUAACCCUCAAUACCGCCUGCGUCUUCACGAGGAAGAUGAUGAUCCAGAGGAAGAUGAAAAAGCCUGCACUUUCGUUGUUGCUUUGAUGCAGAAAAACAGACGCCGAGAACGCAAGUUGGGUGCGAAUCUCUUCACUAUCGGAUUUUCCAUCUAUGAGGUGCCGAAGGAGAUGCAUGGAAAUAAGCAGCACAUGCAGAAGGACUUCUUCAUGUCCAACAACUCCAAGGCCCGUUCCAAGGCUUACAUCAACCUGCGAGAAGUGACGCAGCGUUUCCGCCUGAGUCCUGGAGAAUACGUCAUUGUUCCCUCCACCUACGAGCCCCACCAGGAAGGCGAAUUUAUCCUCCGUGUCUUCUCUGAAAAGAGGAACACCUCUGAGGAGAUAGAGAACAGGAUUGAGGCUGAUCAUCCAGUGCCGGAUCCAGCUUCCACUGGGGAGGAAAGUGAGGAGGACAAGCAGUUCCUGUCCAUCUUCCAGCAGAUCGCAGGGGACGUGAGUACUGGGAAGUCAGUGAGCGCUGGGGGGAGUCAAAUAGAAAUCUCAGCCAAUGAGCUCAAAGAUGUUUUGAAAAAGUUACUUACUCGUUAUAAGGACAUACACACCGAAGGCUUUAGUCAGGAGAAUUGUAGAAGUAUGAUCGCCCUCAUGGACAUGGACGGAACAGGAAGACUUAAUCUACAAGAGUUUAGACACUUAUGGAAUAAAAUCAAACAGUGGCAGGGAAUCUUCAACCGCUAUGACUUUGAUCAUGCUGGUACCAUCAGCAGCUAUGAGAUGAGAAAUGCCAUCAAUGAUGCAGGGUUCCGUCUGAAUAACCAGCUGUAUGACGUCAUAUCCAUGCGCUACGCCAAUGAAAACAUGAACGUCGACUUUGACAGUUUCAUCAGCUGUCUUGUUCGACUGGAAGGAAUGUUCAGAGCGUUCCAGGCCUUUGAUCAAGAUGGUGAUGGCACCAUUAGACUUAAUGUACUGGAGUGGCUCCAGCUAACCAUGUAUGCAUAAAUCAUCUGUGGAUCCAGGUGAGCCUGACCUCAGCAAGGACCAGAACCACCAGCUCUUACCUCAUCACUCAAUGUGCCAGACUUCUGUUACCUCUUUCUCUGUACCUCAGCCCACACUGACCAUCAGCUAAUAUCUCAUUCUUUAAACAUUAUUACCAAUUCUGUUAUGUACAGGGGCGACAUGAUGGACGAAACCAACAUGUGAGCCAACCACAUCCAGUCAUUGCUAUCACUUUUAGUCAGGAUGUGAAAGACAUAUUUCAGGGUCUUUGUACACAGGUCACUUGAGUAAUUUUAACAUGGUUACCAGUACUCUGUGUCAAUUCCUCAUACAGUACAACAUGCUUUUCACAUGAUAAGUGAUGAUUCAGUGUCUGUUAUGUGUUACAUGCAGCAUUUACCUCACAAGCAUCAUGUGCACCUUUAUGUCAUAAAUUCGGACUAAAUAGCAGUUUCCAUAUCUCACCUUAUCAUUUUUUUAGUAAUCCUAAUGGUCCACUUUGCAUCUACUUUUAUCAGUGGUACUGGUUUCUAAGUCAUAAAACUUUUUCUGCAUCCAAUUUACUUGAACCCCAUUUAAUAAAAAUAUAAAUAAACCCAAGAACAAGUGGACCAUGUAGAUCAGGGCUAU